CACUGUGAAGUCUCAGCAAAAAUUAGAGCAGCAUAUGGCCAUCACCAUUAACACUCUUCUACUCUAUCUCAACCCACAAUAAUAACACCCCAUUUCUCCAUGGCUACUUCAUCUUCACUACUUCUCUUCAUUCUUUUUCUCUUCACCCACUCAUUUGCCCAAGAAAUCCAAGAAAUCCAAGCACUCCAAUCCUUCAAACUCAGCAUCCACGACCCACUUGGAGCACUCAUAACUUGGGACCCUUCUUCACCUUCCGCUCCAUGCGAUUGGCGUGGAGUCACUUGUAUAAAUACACGUGUCACCGAACUUCGGUUGCCACGUCUUCAGCUUAGUGGUCCUCUCACUUCUAAGAUUUCUAACUUGCGCAUGUUGCGUAAGUUAAGCCUUCGUUCCAAUUUCUUCAAUGGUACUAUACCAAUUUCAAUAUCCAAAUGUGCCUUUUUGGAUACUGUUUAUUUGCAGUAUAACUCGUUUUCUGGUGAGAUUCCGAUGGAAAUCUCGAACUUGACAGAGUUGGAAACUUUUAAUGUUGCUGGAAAUCAGAUGUACGGAGAAAUUCCCGGCGAGUUGCCGGUGAAUCUCAGGUACUUUGAUAUCUCCUCCAACUUGUUUUCCGGUAGCAUACCGAAGAAGAUAUCUGAUUUAUCUCAACUUAUUCUACUCAACCUAUCAUACAAUCACUUCUCCAGUGAGAUUCCCGCGAGUCUCGGUCGGCUUCAGCAACUUCAGUAUCUUGUCCUUGAUUACAAUGAUAUACAAGGAACAUUGCCUUCUGCAAUUUCAAACUGUUCGUCAUUAGUACAUUUGAGUGUUGAAGGGAAUACUAUCACUGGUGUUAUACCGGCAGCAAUUGCUGCUCUUCCGAAGAUUCAGGUGAUAAAUUUAUCGCAUAAUAAGCUUUCUGGAUACUUAGCAUCUUCAAUAUUCUGCAAUGGUUCUGUAUAUCCUCCGUCCCUUCAGAUUGUUCAAUUGGGUUUCAAUUCUUUCACGGAGAUUCUCCCGCCACAAUCGUCUAAAUGUUUUAGUUCAUUGCGAGUUUUGGAUCUUCAACAUAAUCAAAUACACGGUAAUUUCCCUCUUUUCUUAACAACCAAUUCCUCAUUGACGUCCCUGGACUUGUCAGGGAAUUUUUUUUCCGGUACAAUCCCCGGUUCCAUUGGGAAUUUGUCAAGAUUGGAGCAACUGAGAAUGGCAAAUAAUUCGUUUGGAGGUGCUAUACCGUUUGGGAUCACGAAAUGUAGUAAUUUGAAUGUUCUUGAUCUUGAAGGGAACAGACUGAUUGGGGAAAUCCCGGUUUUUUUAGGUGAGCUUAAAAGCUUGAAGAUAUUCUCAAUGGGAAGAAAUAAGUUUUCGGGUUCAAUCCCUUCUAAGUUUGGGAAUAUCACUAGUCUUGAAAGUCUGAAUUUGGAAGGAAACCGUCUUACUGGAAAUUUGCCUGAGGAGUUAAUGUUUUUGAGCAAUUUAGGUACAUUGAAUCUCAGUGGAAACAAGUUUUCGGGUAGUAUUCCGUCUAGCAUUGGAAAUCUUCAGCAGUUAUCGGUUUUAAAUCUGAGUAAAAAUGGCUUCUCGGGGACUAUUCCGUCCAGCAUUGGAACUUUAUAUAAGCUAAUAGCUCUUGAUUUGAGUGGACAGCAUUUAUCAGGGGAAUUGCCAUCUGUUCUUGGUGGUUUGCCUAAUUUACAAGUGAUUGCUUUGCAAGAAAACAAGUUGUCUGGAAAUGUUCCCGAAGGUUUUAGUAGCUUAACGGGUAUGCAGUAUUUGAAUCUAUCUUCCAAUUCAUUUUCAGGUCAUAUACCAUCUACAUUCGGCUUCUUGACCUCGUUAGUUGUCCUUUCAUUGUCCAACAAUCACAUAUCUGGUUCAGUUCCUCCAGAUUUGGGUAAUUCCUCCGAUUUGGAGAUUUUAAAUCUUCGGUCAAAUUCAUUGAGUGGACAAAUUCCUUCUGAUCUUGCACGUCUCUCCCGCUUGAGUGUCCUGGAUUUGAGUAGAAAUGACCUGACUGGUGAAAUUCCGGAUGUUCUUUCCAAUUGUUCAAGCUUAAUUACCCUUGAUCUCUCUGGAAACAACUUGAAUGGAGAAAUCCCAGAAAAUCUUACAGUGCUUCCGAAUUUGGUGAACUUCAAUGUAUCGAACAAUAAGUUGGAAGGCCAGAUACCGAUGAUGCUUGGCUCUCGUUUUAAUGAUCCGUCGGAUUACAGUGGCAACCAGGGUUUGUGUGGGGGCCCAUUGAAUAGAAAAUGUGAGAGCCAUGCUAAGGGUAAGAAUAAUAGACUGAUUAUGUUAAUUGCGGUGGCUGCAAGUGGCGGUCUUCUCCUUGCAUCGUGCUGCUGCUUUUACAUAUUCGCCCUGCUGAGGUGGCGCAGGAAGCUCAAAGAAAGAGCAACGGGAGAGAAGAAGCAUAGCCCUGCAAGGGUUAGUUCAAGGACCAGUGGUUCUCGUGGCAGUAAUGGUGGACCGAGACUCGUAAUGUUCAACAACAAAAUAACAGUCGCUGAAACAAUCGAAGCAACGAGGGAAUUCGAUGAGGAAAAUGUGCUAAGCAGAACACGUCACGGAUUGCUAUUCAAGGCUUGUUACAGUGACGGAAUGCUGCUUUCGAUUUGUAGACUACCGGAUGGAUCACUAGAUGAGAAUAAGUUCAGGAAAGAGGCUGAAUCACUUGGCAGAGUGAAGCACAGAAACCUAACUGUUCUCCGCGGGUACUAUGCAGGCCCACCGGACCUUAGACUACUUGCAUAUGAUUACAUGCCAAAUGGGAACCUUGCAACGCUCCUUCAAGAAGCGUCCCACCAAGACGGUGGACAUGUCCUCAAUUGGCCAAUGCGACACCUCGUCGCACUUGGCAUUGCCCGUGGGCUUGCUUUCCUCCACGCAGCCUCUAUCAUUCAUGGCGAUAUUAAACCUCAAAACAUUCUAUUCGAUGCAGACUUUGAAGCCCAUCUUUCAGACUUCGGCCUAGACAAGCUUACAAUAGCCGAGCCAUCCACACCAGCCGAGCCUUCCACUUCAACAUCAGUUGGGACUAUAGGCUAUGUAGCGCCAGAAAUAGCAUUAACAGGAGAGGCCACGAGACAAUCAGAUGUUUAUAGCUUCGGCAUUGUAUUACUGGAACUGCUAACAGGAAAAAAGUCAUUAAUGUUCACGCAGGACGAGGACAUUGUGAAAUGGGUAAAGAGGCAAUUACAGAGAGGGCAAAUUUCGGAAUUGUUAGAACCAGGAUUGCUUGAACUGGACCCUGAAUCAUCAGAAUGGGAGGAGUUCUUAUUAGGAGUAAAAGUAGGCUUGCUUUGCACAGCACCAGACCCCACUGAUCGACCCACCAUGACCGAUACUGUGUUCAUGCUUGAAGGUUGCCGGGUUAGCUCCAAUUCGGGCCAAAUUACACUCGCCUGAAGAACCAAGACCGGCAACUAUGGCGCGUAAAAAUCCAAGGUCUCAUUCUAAUUCUUUGCCCUUCGGGGAAGUUGCAUUACAAUGCAACAGUAGCUAGCAUUAGAACUCAAGUUUCCGCUGUUUUUUUUGUUUUCAUUUGAGGAAAGAAUCAAAAAGAAAAUAUUCUCAAUUUUUUUAGUUGUAGCCAUUUUAUUGAUUUUGGUUUUCUAUUACAAA